UCGCAACCCAAAUUAUCUUCUUCAUCAACCAAACGACAAAUGGGAGUUUCAAUAACGACCACUCAUCGGCGUUUAUCGUUGCCGGCGACUCCACAGCCUACCCAGUAAUUGGAAACUUGUUUCCGCAAGCACAAUGGCCUAUGGGCUUCUGAUUUGGAGCCCAAUUUCCCUUUGCUCUACCUCUUUACCUGCACUUUCCUUCUCUCUCUCUUCUUCCAGACGUACCCAAUUAUCAAUAUCCGCCUCCGUCGAAACCCCCGCCGCCGCCGCUGAUGAUGUUCAGCAGCUGUCGGCAAGGGAUCGGAGGAAGCUGAGGAACGAGAGAAGAGAGAUUAAAACCACCACCAAUUGGAGGGAAGAAGUAGAAGAGAGGCUCUGCAGGAAGCCCAAGAAGGAAUUUGCCACUUGGACUGAGAAGCUCAACCUUGAUUACCUCGCUAAAUUGGGUCCUCAAUGGUGGGUUAUGCGUGUUGCUCGUGUUCGAGGCCAAGAAAUUGUCGAACGCCUUGCUCGUUCUCUUGCUAGGAACUACCCUGACCUCGAUUUUAAGAUAUAUUACCCGUCGGUUAAGGAGAAGAGGAAAUUAAAGAAUGGUACUUACACCGUUAAACCGAAAGCUGUUUUUCCUGGAUCUGUAUUUAUAAGGUGUGUCAUGAACAAGGAGAUUCAUGACUUCAUUAGAGAGUGUGAUGGAGUUGGAGGCUUUGUUGGUGCGAAGGUCGGAAACACUAAACGACAGAUAAAUAAACCGAAGCCAGUAUCCGAAGCUGACAUGGAAGCAAUCUUCAAAGAGGCAAAGGAAGAGCAAGAAAGACACGACCAGGCUUUCCUAGAGAAAGAGCAAGAGGAAGCUCCAAACUCUAGCGCACUCAAAACUGACUUAGAUACAAAUGGUACUACUGCUACGAAGCACAAAGGAAGAGGCAAAAAAGCUGUUAAUACUUUGUCGCCAGGGUCAACAGUUCGAGUGGCAUCAGGGACUUUUGCAGAAUUUGAAGGCUCUCUUAAGAAGCUGAACCGUAAAAGUGGAAAGGUAACUGUGGGAUUCACACUAUUUGGGAAGGAAACCCUUGUAGAUCUUGACAUUGGUGAUAUUAUAGUAGAGACAAAAUGAAUGAAUGUACUUUCUCAGUCAUGGAGUUGUGGAUUUAAAGAAACGGAAGAUUUUUCUGAGAAUAUUGUUUCAAGAUUUGAGUUGUUGGAAACGCUAAUCGGAGCGUCUUUGAUAGCUGGACACUUCACUUUACUCUGUCACUGUUUUGCAGUAAAGUGUGGAAGAAAUUCUCGGAGUUGGAGGAUAAGCAAGCAGCUCCAGCUCUCAGCUCUCAAAGCACAUCCAUGAACCAAAGAACAUGAAAGUACUGUUGCUUGAAUUGCCAAACAGCUCACGUUGAUGAACAUGUCCACAAAUCAGCUUUGCUUCUUUGAAAUUACUCUGCAUUUGGAGAUUCUUAUUGGAAAUCAAAUAGAAUCUUGAAGGAAUUGGCAGCCAAAUGUAUUCUUGUUAGACUUUUGAGAAAAUCAAACUAGGAAAUAUUAUGAUGAAAUCAUACCUGAGUAGCACUUGUAAAUUCAAAUAUUUCUGAAGUCACAAAUUCUAACCAUAAUUAUAGAGGUGUUCAUGGUUCGAUUCAA